AUGAGCAUCGAGUCAAGCUGUUGUAGUCAAACUGAUUCAAGUGAAAAUGAAACUAUGCAACGAACAAACGAACUGAAUCGAUGUCGUCAAUUAAGAGAUUUACUUGCUCGUCGACCAUCAAUUGCGAUUCUGCUUAAACAAAAAGAAAUGGAACAACAUAAUAAUCCAUGUACAAGAUUUGAACCAAAAUAUUAUCAGCCUGACUAUUGUAAAGAAUGUUCUAAGCAUGAAAGUGCUCAUAAUAAGUCAGAAGAGCCAAAUCUGACAGAAAAAGGAUCAAUUUCAAAGACAAAUAAAGAUACAAGAAAAGGUCAGAUAUCAACAGAAGCUCCCACAUCGAAUGUAGUAUACAAAGCAAGUCAAAAAAAGACCAGAAGCUCAACAAGUGUCAGUGAUUUAAUAAAUUCAGCUGCAGAGCAACUAUUAUCACUACCAGUACCUGCUUCUUCACAAACACUUUCAACAACACAAUCAAUUAAUAGUAAUGAUAAUGAUACCGUAACUGAAGAUAAAAUUCGAAUAUUAUUUUAUCAUGUUGAUGCUAAUCAUGACGGUUAUGUCGAUGAAGACGAAUUUUAUAAUUUAAUGCAAAAAUUAUGUCUAUCCAAACAAAGUCAAAAAUAUAAAUUUGAUAAAAUAAUUAAAAAAGAUGAAACACGAUUAACUUUUGACGAAUUUUAUCGUUUUCUAUUAUCAAGAAUCACUGAUAAACCAAACUUAGAUUCAAAUUUAGACAAGAAACCGAGCGAUGCAUGUCAUACAGAGAAGUUUAAACAAAAGCUUGAACGACAAAUAUCAGACAGAUUAGAAAAUGAUAAAGAUUUUUCAAUCCGAAUGCAAAGUGUAUUAGAAACUAUUGAUUGCAAUGAAAUAUCUGAAUAUUUAGCUCAACGCUGGAUCAACUUCAAUCGUUUUCAAAGACUUGGUGGUGAGUUAGCCGAAGAUAUUUUGCCUGGUGAAUACGAUUUAUAUAAACUAGCAUGUUGUACAAUUGAACCAAAACAUGCUCAAAUACAAAAUGUUCGUUGGUUAUCAUGUUUUCAACCGAAUGUAUCUGGUAUUUGCGCAUUUCCACCUGAGUUUGAUGGAAAAAUUCCAGUUGAUAUAGCAACAAAUGAGCAUUUGUCAUAUUAUGGAUGUUGUUUAGCUAGUAGUGCACAAAUAAAAGUUUCAUUAUCUCAUCGACAUUGUUUACAAGAUUUUAUAUAUAAUGAAAAUUAUGUACAAGAUUAUGUUAAGAACGAUGGACACGGCGGAUUAGAGAUGCAUGGUUUUGCACAUUUGGAUUGUCCAUUAAAUGAUAAUAGUGGUUAUUUUAUAUUAGGAAGAUUCGUUGACAAAAAUAAUAGUGAAUUACAUUUAACAGCAUUUCAUAUACCAACAAAACACACAUUAUACGUUCCACCAAUGACAAUUCAUAGUAAUGAUUAUUUGAAAGGUAGAUGGCGAACAAUGUUAUCUGAUGAAACAAGUAUUGAUCAUGUUAGUCUCUCUCAUCAACACCGAUUAAAUGGACAUGAUACAUACGAACAUUUUACACUCGAGUUUGUUCAAUAA